AUGAUAAAGGAAGGGAAUUGUGUUGUUAUAUAUUCUGACGAAGAAAAUAUUGAUUUAUUAAAAUUAACAAAUGAUGGAAUAAUAAAUAAUAAGAAGGGUAGAUUUUUACAUAAGGAUAUAAUAGGGAAAGAAUAUGGUUCGAAAAUAUAUGAUACAUUAAAUAAGAAUUAUAUAUAUGUAUUAAAAAGAUCUCCUGAAUUAAUAGCAAAUUGUUUAAAAAAGAAAACGCAAACAUUAUAUGAACAUGAUAUAUCUUUUAUAUGUUUAGUUUGUAAUGCAUUACCAAAUAAAAAUAUUUUAGAAGCGGGUACAGGAACAGGUUGUUUAACAUAUGCUCUUGCAAAUUCUGUUUUACCAAAUGGUAUGAUACAUACAUUUGAAUAUAAUGAAGAAAGAUAUAAACAAGUACAACAAGAAUUUGAUGAUUUCGAAAAUAUAAGAAAAAAUAUAACAUUUCAUCAUAAAGAUAUAUUAAAUUAUAAUUUUGAUGAUUUUCCGUUAGAAUAUUUUGAUUCUAUUUUUCUUGACAUGCCCAAUCCAUGGUUAUGUGUUGAUAAUAUAAAAAAGGUUUUAAAAGAAAGAGGUGUCUUUGUUAUUUUUUUACCAUGUAUUGAACAAGUAUAUAAAAUUCUAGAAGCCUUAGAAAAAAAUUCCUUUUGUGAUAUCGUAACAUAUGAAUUAAUAAAUAAAUCAUGGAAAAUUAUUAUUAAUAAAAAAAAAAAAAAUAAAAACAAUGAUGAUGAUUAUCAUAUUGAUAAUACUGUAUGUUUUAAUAGUGUUAAUAAUGAUGACAAAAAGGUAGACAAUAUAGAUACACUCAAUAAUUUUUAUACAAAUUAUAGAUUAUGUCAGAAAGAAAAUAAAACACAUACUGGAUAUUUAACCAUAGCAAAAAGGUCUCUUAAAGAUGAAGACGAACAACCAGAAAUUAAAUUUGAAAAUGCAUUUUAA